AUGGGGCCCCUAGCGCUUAUGGCCGCGGGCUUUCUCCUGAGUCAAGCUCUCAGCUCAGAUAUGCAUGACGUGGAAGAACGCAACGUGACCGCCACCCUGGGAGAGGACGUGUACCUGCCUUGCCUCUACACCGGUAACCCAAACGACACCGUGUUCACAGGCACCUGGCGACGCUCCGGCAGCCAGAAGAAGCUAGUGGUUCACUAUGGCAUGAAGGUGCGUGCCACGCACGGGUUCUCCCUGCCGGCGAGCAUACACAACCUGACCGUGAGGAUGCAGGUGCGCACUGUGGAGGCGGAGGGGAGCUACACCUGUGAGUUCAACACUCUUGACGGGUUCGUGAUGCACCAGGUCUCUCUCACCGUCCUGGUCCAACCCGAAGUCACCAUUCAAGUCAUGGAAGAGAUUGAGAACAACACCCACUACCAGACGGUCAGCUGCCUUGCUGCCAAUACCAAACCAGCACCGGAGAUCAGCUGGGAGGUCAACGGCGGUGCCCCUAGUGAGGCCGUCUUCGCUGCCCAGACACAGAGCACCCGGCAUGGGAACGGCACCCUCGACCUCACCAGCACCCUCCGGUUCCCCACCCGCCUCAAUGAUGAGAGUGCUGUGGUCUGUGUUGUGGAACACCCAACCCUGGCGGAACCGAGGAGAACCACUGCCCUGGUGCAAACCUUUGUUGCUCCAGACGUAACCAUGGAAACGGGCCUGAUGGUGGUGCCGGCCGCGGUGGGGCCUGGCGAGUAUGGCGGAAGAGGAGGAAGAAGAGGAGAGAUGAGAGCAAUGCGGGUUGUCAACUGCACCGCAACUGGAGGGAGACCUCAGGCCCAAAUUGCAUGGAUACUGCCUGAGGGGGAAAACACUCUUCCCUCCGAGACAAUGACGACCAGCGACGAUGAUGAUGAUGAUGAUGAUGAUGGCACGCUCGUCAGUUCUGUGAUGAUCCCCGAGGGACAACACGAGGGUGGCAACGUCACCUGUGUCGUCAGUCACCCGAAGCUCACCAACAGCGCGACCAGAACGUUUACUUUGCCCACCUACUAUCUCUCCUCCGUUCGUCUGUUCAGCGUGAGUGUGAAUGCCAGCACCCGAGAGGAUGUGGCUGUGGACAUAGAGGAUUCCGCAGUGGAGUCUGUGUUUGUGGAGGAGGGCGAGGCUGGCAUGGCCUUCUCAAUGGAGGUGCAGGGCACUGCGCCAACCUAUCGGACCGAGUGCACCAAGGAUGGUUCUUCUCUGCCUGAUGGCGUGGAGCUGGUGAAUGGAGUGCUGAGCUUCCGAGGGCCAGCAGCUGUGCGCUAUACUGGCCUAUAUGAGUGCAACGCCUCCUUCUAUAAACACAUCACAUCUGCUCAUCUCAACGUCACUGUCAACCCAGGCAUUCGGACCCCAGUAGCUCCAAGCGUUGCGGUGAAAACCUGGACAGAGCUGGACAGCGUCAUCAUCAAGUGUGUUGCCACGGAUGCAGUACCAGCCCCAAACAUCUCCUGGUCCCUUCCUCCGGGGCUGACUGGAGAGAUGGUGCAGAAAACCUCGUUGUCACCGAACGGAUCUGUCUGUGCCUCCUCCACUCUGAGCCUGCCUACCUGCCUGUCAGAGGAGCACACGGUGUCCUGCCUGGUGGGCCAUCAGCUGUUUGAAGACCCAGAGAGAAGGGAGAUCGUGCUGCCAGCAUGUGCUCGUCCCAACAUAACAGUGCAGUCCAGCACUGUGUGGCAUGGCGGCCUUGCCCUCGCGAAGCUGGAAUGCAGGGUGGAGAGCGUGAGACCCAGGGCCGCCAUCUCCUGGCACAUGGAGGAGAAGGGGAAGGACCACACAGAUGCAGGGGGAGGUGCUGUGGAGGAGCUCCAGGGAGUUGAGGAGGACCUGGCUGAGGGUGGAGGAGAGCAGGGUGUGGAGGUGUUGAUGGAAGUGGUGCAGCUCCCUUUGGUGGAGUACCAGGGAAAGAGCGUUGUCUGCGCGGUGAGACAUCCGAGUCUGCUGGAACCGGAGAGACGAGCGGUCCAGCUUCAGGCUACAGCACCCCCAGAGAUCCAUGUUCUGUUGAAAGAGAGCCAUAACUCGUCUGUGCUGCGGGCCGUUUGUGAAUACUCCAGUGAAGCGGAGAACGCCAGCCUCGCCUGGCUCCUGCCUGGCAACCGCACCGCUGCUGCAGUGGGCGUGGCGUCGACAUCCUAUGCAAUGGAGGGGUCAAAGGUCACGACCAGCGCUGUCUAUGAGUUUACCUUGGCCGCCCACGAGGGGAGCGACCUGACCUGCCUCAUACGGCCCACGCGUGGCCCAGAGCAGAGGAGAGUGGUGCCAGUCCCACAGUAUUAUAUCUCCUCUAUGAAGGUGAUGAAUGACACCACUUGUGAACGUAGAGAGGGCAUUGCGGUAUGCAGACUGGCCUUGCAGGAACAUCUCACCUACCAGACGAUACUUCUCCAAGUGUCCGGCAAUGUGCCCGGCAGCCAGAUCACCUGUUCGAGGACUGACGGCUCAGCUGUUCCAGUGGUCAGAGAGAUCUCGCCGCUGACCGGAGCGCUGGUGUUCCCCGGGGCCGUGACGUCCAGCAUGGCCGCCGGCCAGUACCUCUGCAGAGCCUCCUUCCACCACCACACGGCCUCUGUCUACAUCCAGGUGGAGGUGGCCAGCGAGGAGGCCCAGCACUUGGCCUUCGUCAGCAUCUGCUUCUCCUCCGCUGUGGCCAUCUCAGUCCUCCUCGUCAUCGCCCUGUGUGUUUUCUGCAAAAGACACUCUUCAGAGAAGAAGCGGCGUAAGAAGCGCGAGUCCAUCGCCACUCUGACGUCCCUCAUGCACGACCCGCGCUCUCCAGAGCUGAAGAAGGCCGCACUGCCAGGGGUCAAGAGUCAACAGUAUGCGGAGCUGGUCUCCAUCGUCCUCAUCGAGAAGACCAAUGUCUGAGA